ACAGCACCCAGCCUUGGGGCGGGGACCGCUCGGCCCUUCCCGGCCAGCUCCGCAGGUGAACUCUACCGCCUGCGCCGGGCAUGUCCCGGGCCGCGUGGUCGGCUGUCACCAUAAGAACGUCUUGUGCCCAGACGGCGCCUGCCCCAGAUGGGAAGGGGUGGUGAAGCAGCUUGGAGCCCUAAGAUCCUCGGAGCCCCCUGUCUGACCAUAUGAAGCCACAAAAGCUUGAUGAAAUUGGGACCCCUCCCCCACUUUCUUCUCAUUUUUGAUUAUUCAGGCGUUGGUGUUCAUCAGAGAGAGAGGCGUGGAUGUAUUUACACGAUAUGAAUUGGAGUCUUUCCACCUUUACCUUUUGAGGGCUGCUUACAUCUCAUGGUGACAGGUGCAAAUCACAGCACAGAAGGGCAGUCAGUAUGAAGCCAGUGAAAAAAAAGAAAACCGAAGAACCUGAAUUGGAGCCCCUGUGCUGCUGCGAAUACAUAGAUAGAAAUGGGGAAAAGAACCACGUGGCUGCUUGUUUGUGUGAUUGUCAAGAUAUCGAUGAAGGGUGUGAUAGAUGGCUUACGUGUAAAUCAGUGCAGCCAGAGACUUGUGAAAGAAUCAUGGAUACAAUUUCUGAUCGCCUCCGAAUUCCGUGGCUUAGGGGAGCCAAAAAAAUUAACAUUAGCAUCAUUCCUCCACUUGUCCUUCUGCCUGUCUUCCUUCACGUGGCUUCGUGGCAUUUCCUCCUGGGGGUGGUGGUUUUGACCUCCCUUCCUGUGCUGGCACUGUGGUACUACUACCUCACUCACAGAAGGAAAGAACAGACUCUGUUUUUCCUGAGCCUUGGACUGUUCUCAUUGGGCUACAUGUACUAUGUGUUCCUGCGGGAAGUGGUUCCCAGAGGGCAUGUGGGGCCCACUCGGCUGGCUGUUCUUACCUGCGGGUUGUUUCUGAUACUCUUAGCCUUGUAUAGAGCCAAGAAGAAUCCAGGCUACCUCAGCAAUCCAGCAAGCAAUGACAAAUCCCUAAGCAGCAGCCAAAACGAAUGUCUGAGCAAAAAAGGGCAGGAGAAGACCAAAGGGUUUCCCGGAGCCGACACGUCGGGGAGUCUCAACAGCCGCACGCUGAAGGAUGAUCUUAAGGGCUCCUUCAGGAUGUUGGCCAGCAGCCCCACCAAGGUGAAGGAGGACUGGUGUGCCAAAUGCCAGCUGGUGCGACCAGCCCGGGCCUGGCAUUGCCGUAUUUGUGGCAUCUGUGUAAGGAGAAUGGAUCAUCAUUGUGUCUGGAUAAACAGCUGUGUUGGAGAAUCAAAUCAUCAAGCAUUUAUACUUGCUCUUUUGAUCUUCUUGCUCACUUCGGUGUACGGGAUAAUGCUGACCUUGGACACCAUUUGUAGAGAUAGAAGUGUCUUCACUGCCCUUUUCUAUUGUCCUGGAGUUUAUGCAAAUUACAGCUCGGCUCUGUCCUUCACCUGUGUGUGGUACUCUGUGAUCAUCACAGCGGGUAUGGCCUACAUCUUCCUGAUCCAGCUGAUAAAUAUCAGCUACAAUGUGACAGAGCGGGAAGUCCAGCAGGCCCUUCGACAGAAGACCGGGCGCCGGCUCCUCUGUGGGCUCAUCGUGGACACAGGCCAGUACAAUAGGGGCUUCCUGCGGAACUGGCAACAGUUCUCCACCCUGGGCACACGUGCAUUCCACCACCCUGCUGAGGACAUCGUCUGAAGUGCCUUCUGUGCGGCUCUGAGGAGUGGCUCCUCCCUCCAGCUCCUUUCCAUUUUACACUUCAGUGUCCAUGCAGGAUGUUCAUUUUUUCCCCAGUUCCUUACAGGCAUUAUAGGGCCAUGCUCAGGUUUGGAUACUGGACUGGAGAGAAAUUAAUUUUUCUGACUUCAAACAUAAGAGAUUUUUAUAUCGAAGCAGUAAAAGUAGAGCCAUUCCUUUCCAGUCACCUUAUUAAUUGACUGAAUCACCAGAGGUUGAAAAGGAUGUGGAUUGCUAUUGCACAAAUUGAUAGAAGCAAUUCCUAUCCAUUAGCAUGGCAGGAGGAGUUUGGGAUUAGGAGAGCUUCUAGUCCCUCUUUCAAUUUUUUAAUAGCCAUGUGACCCUUAGUCGAGUCACUUUCCCAAGUCUCAGGUUCAUCUGUAGCAUGGGGUACUGAUGCCUGCCCUGGCUACUUCACAGAAGAUCAUAGGAGGGUCACACAAGGGUCACAUGAGGAUGAGGGAUGUGGAAAGCACUAUGAAACAAUUUAAGCACCUGAAUAUGUGAAAUGUUAUUAGGAAAAUCCCAAGACUGAAGAAAAAUGUUGUGGUUCAGAAUACUAAAGCCAAUAUUAUUAGGGUUAUCAGUUUUCAGCAUAUAACAUUGUACAGUUAUGGGAAUUUCUCCUUAAGUAUUAGAUAUUAACUACUCACACGGGGCAAGAGAUGAUGAGAUGGACUGAUUCUGGUCAUCUGAUCUUAAAAGGACAGUUGAUAACAAUGAUGAAGAUAAUUAUUAUCAAUGUAAUGUGUAGUGGUCAUGAGUAUAGGAAAUGAGUUAUUUUUAUUUUUUUACGUGUUGUAUUUACUGUAACAGACUCCAAAAGGUAUUGAAGGAUUGAAGGGUUUUUUUCCUCUUUCUGUGUUUCACCUGGUAAGGUACUAGCACACAAGAUAGUGGCUGGAAGAAGAACAGCACUCUUAUAUUAGGGAGUCUUUUUCUUGGUAGGGAGACUUAAUUAAUAUCAAGGGCUUGUUUUUUUUUUAUUCUCUACAUACAUGUUUCAAGUGCUGUAACUUAUAGCACCAAAUUGCAAAAACCAGUCUAGUGGCAGUCACAUUAUUCUGGCAUAAACUUUGAGGAGUUGAUUGACAUCUUCCCACUUAACUUACACAUUAUUUUACAUUCACUCUUUCCUACAUAAAGUAUCUCACUAGGAGAGAAAAACAGGGUAUAUGUGGCUUACUUUCAUUAAUGCAUUCUUCCCUCAUUUUCUCCAAAGUAAUAAGUUGUUUCUUUAAUCAUAUCUCAAAACUGGAAAUGUAUUAGAUGGAAUAUUUAUAUAGAAUGGAUCAUUCUGCCAUAGAAUUAAGAGUGCAUUUCAUAUAGGGAAAAUACUCUCUUGAAAUGUUUGAUUUUUAUACAUGUACUGUUCUGCAAUCCCAAAGAUAAUUCUUGAGUCCUUAAAUUUGCCUUGGCUUGUUGCUUAAUAUAGGGGAAAUACUGCUAGCUUUUUCCAUCAGACAGUGCAUCCUGCUUUAGCAAUAGAUUUGUACGUGUUAAGAGGAAAUACUACUUCCUACAAUUCUGGGUAGCACCAUCCCUAGUCUUGUCAUUAGUUGACAUUCUUCUUAAGAUAUUGUCAUUACAUUUUUAUUCAGGCAUGUCAUUACUCUCCCCAGAGAUGGAUUGUUUAACAAAUGAUAGGCUUUGUGUUCCAUUGGGACGAGCCAAAGACCCAGCCUGGGAAUGCCAGCAGACACUGUGGUUUCUACAGUGAUGCCCUCUCUCUGGCCCAGAGUCAAAUAUUCUUUUAGAAUUGAAGUUGGCUCUGAUAUAACUAAUUUCUUUCUGUGUAGGUUUUAGAUACGAGAGUUGGUAAUAAUGUCAAGGACAGCGUUAUGUAGGCAGAAAUUGGUAGUUUUCAUGUGUCUUGAGCCCCAGCUAAAUAGCUAACUCUGAUUAUCUAGUGAUUGAUAAUAAAAAUUCAUAGAUACAUCAGUAUAGUCACUUAUAAUAACUUGCCACACAGUAAAUAGCAAUCCAAAUGUGAUGUGAGCUGGGUGCAGUGGCACAUGCCUGUAAUCCCAGUGGCUUAGGAGGCUGAGGCAAGAGGAUUGCAAGUUCAAAGCCGGCCUCAGAAAAAAGCAAGGUGCUAAGCAACUCAGUGAGACCCUGUCUCUAAAUAAAAUACAAAAAAAGUGCUAGGGAUGUGGUCCCCAGUACCAAAAACCAAACCAAAAAUAUGAUAACAGUAGUACAAAAAGACCAACGUCAUCGAGGAGAUUUAGGAAUGAUCACCAUCUCUGUAACAUCUCACUCCUGACAUUGAUUACCUGGAUGAGGCAACUCAGUGUCCCUUACUUGGAUGGGAACUGCUUACAUAUUAUUCUGGCUUAUUGGAAUUAAGAUACUUGGUUUAAAUUCCUUAAGAACUCAUGAUUGUCAGUUUACUGAAAAAGCUCAAACCUGAAGGAAGCUCAUUGUUUUUGUGGAGUAAAAGCUUUCUGAAGUGUUUAAACCAAAAGGAGCAGCAAACAAGGAUCUACAUGUGCACAGUGUUUCUGUAGUCUCUGCAACAUCCUUGGUCUAGACUUUUGAGCCAUUUUAUAAUCUGGAACCAUCUAAGGGAUUUCAUUAUAGGCCUUGGUUCUCUCUGGAGGGCAAGAGAAUUUACUGUGGAGUGUUUGAAAGGACAAGAUCUCUCUGUUUGAGGCAUCCCAGAGAAAUAUCUGGUAGUUGUGGUAGUGAAGAAUUGCCCUGCAAAUCUAUAUCCCAGCAGUCCCUUGGCCAUAAGAGCAAACUCCUUCCCAUCACUCUCAUGUCUCUCCCUUUCUGGUUGCCUCACAUCCCCAGACUCUGUUAGGAAACAUUCUGGAUGUGAAGCUUAAUAAAUUGCCUGUUAUAUUCUGGCCACUUACAGAAUUAUCAUACCACUGUGUAUGAUACCCACAAAAUACUCCUGUUGUUCUAGCUGGGUGCUUCUGAAAUGAGCAGACCAUUAACAAUGCCUCUUUGAUAGGUUACUCUGAUGCUGCUAAAGUAAAGCCUUAAGUUUGUUUUCAGGAUAGCAUACUGCUUCUUUCACCCUCAGCUACAUUUGUGUUUGUCUUUAGGAUGUUAUAAAUCUUUACUCUCCGAGUACUGUUUUCCUUUGGUGAGUGAAGUGAUUAUUGUCUUCCACUGUUCCAUCUGCCUAGAAGUAAGAUUGCUACAGACUUCCUCUUAUGCAAUAGUCCUUGGUACUUCUAAUAUUUUUAAAAAGAGAAAAUUUUCUAUACUAGAAUCUCUCACUGCCAGAAAACACAAUGCCAGUAAGUUUCUGUGUAAUACUUAACAGACUUAUUUCCUUGGUUAGGAAAUUAGCUUUUUAUUAUGAAGCUCAAUUAAUAGAAGCAAAAAUAUGACACUAGAAGCACAGUUUUAACCAAGAUAUUUAAAAAUCAAUAUUCUGUGAGGUUUAAGGAUCUCUGUCAACUAGGUAAAUAGGUUUAUAUGAAUUAUUUCAUUUUAGCCAUAUUUUGGUACCCUGCAUUUUAAAGAAGAAUUUUCUCAAACAAGCAAUGGAUGAUAAGAGACUUUUGCUUGAGGCACCUGUUUGGGAUCCAGUGUUCUCGGCAGUUUGACAAGUGUGCCAUUUUAUAUCCAGCACUGCAAAGUCGAUGCAGGGGAGAAUCAAAGCCAUGCUGAACUUAAUAUCGAAUAAAACUCAGUAUGUUCUUGUGGAUGUUUGCUGUGAUUAAUAUAAACUGUUUGAAGGAUCAGCUAAGUGUAAUCCUGUUGCUAGUAUAGUUAUCCCCACUCUGGCUGGCACUGAGUGAGCUCACUGGAGUACCAGCCAUGGGCCACAGACUAAAUGGUCAAUGGAAACACAUUUCUUAGAGGCUGUGAUCAUCUCCAAGUGGGGCCUGUGACUUACUAGUGCUUUAGUCUUCAAAUAGCACCUUUCACCUCUAGAAAUUCAUAUUUAUAAGGCAAAGCUUUAAAACCUCAGCUAGUCUAUUUUAAUUGUUGAUGCAACUGAAGUUCUGUGUUUCUUCAGCUGGAUCCAUAGACAAGAUGCCAUGUCACAGAGCUUGUAAGCUCAACUUGAGAUCCUUCUGUCUAGGUGAUUUGAUGGUUUGAGAUGUUUGGGGCCUUUUCAUUUUAUUACAUUUCUGGGCCUGAUGUUGGACUAAAGGAAACCCAGAAGUAUUUAUUUAAUAUUAAAAAUUUAAUAUUUAAUGGAACUGGCCCAGUGACAUUAAAGGGAUUUCUGAAGUCAACCUGGAGGCCAUGGAUUACAUAUUGCACUGUUUUUAUACCUGUAUUCUUAUCCUCUUAUCACCUCAGAAUCAGAUGCAAGGCCUUUUAAAUCAAGAUUUUACAAAUUACUGCCAUUUGUGUAAAAUGAUAUCCUGUGACUACGUUGUUUAAAUGGAAAAUAAAGUGCUUUCUUUAAGGAAAAUA